AGGCUUUAAGGAGCUGAAGGAUCUCAUGUAACUCUGAGAACUACCCUGGAACAAUACUUGACACAUAGUAGUUAUGCCUUAAAUAUGUUGGAUAAAUGGAUGAAGAAAAGAGGUUUUAACGAAGCUAGAGUGCCAGAGAAGACCUUUGAAGUGUGAAGAGAUUUCCUGUAAUUGAAACCAAAAUGUCAUUUAUAGAUCCUUAUCAGCACAUUAUAGUGGAGCACCAGUAUUCCCACAAGUUCACGGUAGUAGUGUUACAUGCCACCAAAGUGACAAAGGGGGCCUUCGGUGACAUGCUUGACACUCCAGAUCCCUACGUGGAACUUUUCAUCUCUUCAACCCCUGACAGCAGGAAGAGAACAAGACACUUCAAUAAUGACAUAAACCCUGUGUGGAAUGAAACUUUUGAAUUUAUUUUGGAUCCUAAUCAGGAAAACAUUUUGGAGAUCACAUUAAUGGAUGCCAAUUAUAUCAUGGAUGAAACUCUAGGGACUGCAACAUUUCCCAUAUCUUCUAUGAAAGUGGGAGAGAAGAAAGAGGUUCCUUUUAUUUUCAACCAGGUCACUGAAAUGAUUCUGGAAAUGUCUCUUGAAGUUUGUUCAUCCCCAGACCUCCGAUUUAGUAUGGCUCUGUGUGAUCAGGAGAAAACUUUCAGACAACAAAGAAAAGAAAACAUAAAGGAAAACAUGAAGAAAUUCCUGGGUCCAAACAAUAGUGAAGGCUUGUGUUCUACGCGUGAUGUGCCUGUGGUAGCCAUACUGGGCUCAGGCGGAGGGUUCCGAGCCAUGGUAGGAUUUUCUGGUGUGAUGAAGGCCCUGUAUGAAUCAGGCAUUUUAGAUUGUACCACCUAUGUUGCUGGUCUUUCUGGAUCCACGUGGUACAUGUCAACCUUAUAUUCUCACCCUGAUUUUCCAGAGAAAGGGCCAAAGGAAAUUAAUGAAGAGCUAAUGAAGAAUGUUAGCUACAACCCCCUUUUACUUCUCACACCACAGAAAAUUAAAAGAUAUGCUGAGUCUUUAUGGAAGAAGAAAAGCUCUGGACAGCCUGUCACGUUUACUGAUAUCUUUGGGAUGUUAAUUGGAGAAACACUAAUUCACAAUAGAAUGAACACUACUUUGAGUAGUUUGAAGGAAAAAGUCAGUACUGCCCAGUGCCCUUUACCUCUUUUCACUUGUCUCCAUGUCAAACCUGAUGUUUCAGAGCUGAUGUUUGCAGAUUGGGUUGAAUUUAGUCCAUAUGAGAUUGGCAUGGCCAAGUAUGGUACCUUCAUGGCUCCUGACUUAUUUGGAAGCAAAUUUUUUAUGGGAACAGUUGUGAAGAAAUAUGAGGAAAACCCCUUGCAUUUCUUAAUGGGUGUCUGGGGCAGUGCCUUUUCUAUAUUGUUCAACAGAGUCUUGGGAGUUUCUGGUUCACAAAAUAAAGGUUCCACAAUGGAGGAAGAAUUAGAAAAUAUUACAGCAAAGCAUAUUGUGAGUAAUGAUAGCUCAGAUAGCGAUGAUGAAUCACAAGAACGCAAAGGCACCGAGGAUGAAGAUGCUGAAAGGGAAUAUCAAAAUGACAAUCAGGCGAGCUGGGUCCAUCGUAUGUUAAUGGCCUUGGUGAGUGAUUCAGCUUUGUUCAAUACCAGAGAAGGACGUGCUGGGAAGGUGCACAACUUCAUGUUGGGCUUGAAUCUCAACACAUCCUAUCCACUGUCUCCUUUCAAAGACUUUACCACACAGGAGUCACUGGAUGAAGAUGAACUGGACGCAGCUGUAGCAGAUCCUGAUGAAUUUGAGCAAAUAUAUGAGCCUUUGGAUGUCAAAAGUAAAAAGAUUCAUGUAGUGGACAGUGGCCUCACAUUCAACCUACCAUACCCCUUGAUCCUAAGACCCCAGAGGGGAGUUGAUCUCAUCAUCUCCUUUGACUUUUCUGCAAGACCGAGUGACUCUAGUCCUCCAUUCAAGGAACUUCUCCUUGCAGAAAAGUGGGCUAAAAUGAACAAGCUCCCUUUCCCAAAGAUUGAUCCUUAUGUGUUUGAUCGAGAAGGGCUGAAGGAAUGCUAUGUGUUUAAGCCCAAGAAUCCUGAUGUGGAGAAAGAUUGCCCGACCAUCAUCCACUUUGUUCUCGCCAACAUCAACUUCAGAAAGUACAAAGCUCCAGGUGUUCCAAGAGAGACUAAUGAAGAGAAAGAAAUAGCUGAUUUCGAUAUUUUUGAUGACCCUGAAUCACCAUUUUCCACCUUCAAUUUUCAAUAUUCAAAUGAAGCAUUCAAGAGGCUGCAUGAUCUGAUGCACUUCAAUACCCUGAACAACAUUGAUGUGAUAAAGAAGGCCAUAGUUGAAAGCAUCGAAUACAGAAGACAUAAUCCAUCUCGUUGCUCUGUUUCUCUCAGUAACGUUGAGGCAAGAAGAUUCUUCAACAAGGAGUUUCUAAGCAAACCCACAGCAUAGUUUGUGUAUUGGAAAGGCCAGUGACUUCUGAUCCUGAGGCAGUCUGAAAUUCUGUGAUAACUGGAUUUUAAAACACAGUACAGAUAUUAGUACUGAUCCUAAGAGACUGGCUUAUUGCUCAAAGUUGCAGCUACUUAGCUGCAUGAAAAUAGUACUAUCAUAAGUUUGUGAAGUUGACAGAUGAUGCUAUGUAAAAAUAUACUCAGAUAUUUUUGUCAGUAUAAAUUUCCUAAUGCAAGUAUAGGGACAUAUACUAUAUUUUUAGACAUUCUUCACCAACUAUUUUAUGUGUCCUCUUUUUAAAAUGUGGUCUCUUUUUAGAUAUUUAAGAGUUCAAUCUCAAAAAGUAAGGCUUUUAGUUGUGUGUGAAUGUUAUUUACUGACUGGACAACACUAUUUUUUAUUUAUAUAUGAAUAUAUACCUAUAUGAAAUAAAUACAUCUGUAUGCAAAUUAGCAUGAGAUAACUGAUUUUUUAAAUUAUUUUUAAGGAGAUACUGGACUGUAGCCGUGAAAGAUUCUCAGAUUCAUGGCUUUCAAAUACAAAAGUUGUUCAUCCUAAACUCAAAUGUGAAAUUUAUCAUUUUAAAUCAUAGUUAUUUUUCUUAAAGGAGAAGGUAUAUAUAAUUUGUUCAGCAAAUGGCUUUUAUUUAUUCAGCAAGUAGAAUAAAAAUAUAACCACCUGUAGUUACAUUUUACUUUGCUGAUAUUAUCCCAUACUUUUUAUCCACCAGAGAGCAAUUGGCCUCAGAGAAAAGUCCAGAAGAGUGACAUGGGCUCUAUCUGCAAGCCUUGUGAUCGGGACAGUCUGUAUGGCAUGACUGUGGUUUUAGUUACUGUUGAACUGCUUAGGUUCAAGGCUGGUGUUCCAAAUGAAGGGCCUCCUCAUUCUUUUUUCUUUGAAUUACCUUUCUUUAAGCUGUCUAUUCAUUUGUCUUUUUUUCUUUUAGCUUUCAUUCACAUUUCUACCUGUGAGGGAAGAAAAAAAACAAUGAUAAAGAAGAAGGGAACGCUUGAAACUUCACUUGGUUGAAUUAUGCAUAAGACAAAUGAGUGUCCACUACAGGCCACCAGGCACGCAGCAGGAUCUGGGGUGUAGCAGUGGACAGAACUGGCAACAGUGCCUGCCCUCCAGGACCAUACAUUCUAGUGGAGGUGACCAACAUAAAACAAGACAUAUUUCUAGAAUGUUUGUGAGGAGUGCUAAGGAGAAAAUUAAGGCAAGGGAGGAGAUGGGAUGGGUUAGGGGUGUAUGGCUUAAAAUGGGGUCCUGGAGAUCAUAAUGAGAUGUGACAUCAGAGUGAAGAUGUAAAGGAGCUGAGGGUGCAGGACCCAUGGGUAUUUAAGAGAAGAGCAUCCCUGGCAGAAGGAAUAGCCAAUGCAAAUGCUCUGAGCUAGAGCACCAACCAUAUUCCAGGAACUGGGAAGGUAUAAAAGUAGAAGGUAUAAAAAAUUGAUUUUCACUUACGUGUUCAAAACAUGGCGAUACUGUUUAUAUUUAAUUUGUUCUGCAAAGCACCCCUAUGAAAUAACGAGACCAGAGAGGGUGAGCCUUGCUCAAGAUUAGUCGAGUUAAUGUCUGAGCUGCCCUAUGCCCUUGCCCUCAAUGCCUUUAUAUAACAGUCUACAGUGCUGCCGAGGAACAGAUUAGAGGAACAUGUGAAAGCCCAGUGAUUAUAAAGCUGGAAUGUUCUAGGACCCUUGAUUUCCCUUUGUUUACAUGCUUUUUGUUUCUUAACUACAGUAACAGAGGCUCCUGGUCUAACGCAGCAUUACCAAUUUAUUCACUGAUGAAUUUGCUGGAGUUCCGAUUUUAUAAAAAUA